UCCCACAUAUUUGGAGAGAACAGAUACACUUUUGAGAGAAUAUAUUAUCAUGUGGAACAAAAUAUGCAAAGCCAUAGGGAUCAAAUCCAAUAAUGAAUGCCUUAUUGCUUCCCACAACAAAAACCAAAUUGCAAGCGACUCAGCUCAUCAGUUAGGGGGAGUUCGAACAAGCUCAAUAUGUGAGACUUGUGUUGAAGAUAGCCAAUUAGUGUGCAAGUGCCACCACCAAAAUCAAAAUCAAAAUCAUGAUCAUGUCAUCUCAGCUGAUGAUAAUGCUACUAUCAACCAUGGAGGCCAUCACCAUGCCAACAGCUCUUUUGUUCAUGCCGUCAUCAACAUGACUGGAAUGCUCAUCGGGUUAGGGCAGUUAUCAGUACCAUAUGCCCUAGAGAAUGCGGGGUGGUCUUCAGUGUUCCUACUCAUACUACUGGGAAUAAUAUGUGCAUAUUCUUGUCUUCUACUUGGAAAAUGUCUUCAGAAGAAUCCCAAAUCCAAAAGCUAUAGCGAUAUAGGAGAACAAGCUUUUGGAGCCAAAGGAAAAGCCUUAGUGGCAGUAUUUGUAUACUUGGAGAUUUUCAUGACUCUUGUGUCGUAUACUAUAUCAUUGCACGACAAUAUUAUCACAGUGUUUACAGGGGUUCAACUUAAGUUUCCAAUAUGGGCCAAGUUAUCAACAUCACAUCUCCUAACUAUCAUAGCAGUUUUGGUAGCUUUGCCAAGUCUUUGGCUGAAAAAUCUGUCUUCAAUAUCUUUCCUUUCCUUUGGUGGAAUUAUCAUGUCAGCUGUGAUAUUCUCUUCUGUGGCUUCCACAGCCAUCUUUGGAGGUGUUAGAGCUGACCAUAGGAUACCAGUUCUUCAGAUCCAUAAGAUUCCUGCCAUAUCUGGGCUAUAUAUUUUCAGCUAUGCAGGACAUAUCGUUUUUCCUAAUCUAUAUAUUGCCAUGAAAGAUCCAUCCAAGUUUACCAAGGUGACCGUAGUUAGCUUCAGUGUAGUGACGGCACUCUACAUAGUGGUAGCCUUUUUGGGAGCAAAACUGUUUGGCCUACUAAUAAACCCUCAAAUCACCCUCAGCAUGCCUCCCCGUUUCAUCGGAACAAAGACAGCACUCUGGGCAACAGUCCUCACACCAAUAACCAAAUACGCACUCGAAUUCGCACCCUUCGCCAUCCAACUCGAGCAUGCUUUUCCUGCCUCGAUGAGCACUAGGACAAAGCUCAUCACCAGGGGCUUCUUAGGCUCUUUCUUUCUUUUGGUCAUACUAACCCUAGCUCUCUCAGUCCCAUACUUCGAACAUGUCCUCGGCCUCACUGGAUCUCUUCUCAGCACCGCCAUCUGUUUCAUUUUUCCUUGUGCCUUCUACAUCAAGAUAUGUUGGGGUCAGAUUUCCAAACCUGUUGUGGCUUUGAACCUCAUUUUGAUCGGCUUUGGAACUUAUCUUGGGGUGGUUGGGACUAUUUCAUCCUCCAAGAUGUUAAUUCAAAGCAUGAAGAGAACUCAUCAUUUGACUUGAGACAAGCUACACUUGGUCACAUAUAUAUAUUGCUUGUUAAUUUAUAAGAAUAUAUAUAUAUAUAUAUUAAUUAGCAUAAAUAAUUAAGCUGUUUUGUUAAUGAAUGGUUAUAUAAUCCAGCUUCUUGUACCCCAUCUAUCGAUGAUGAUUACUAGUACUUCUCUCUUGUAGCCUUAUAUAUGCAAAUAUUUUUUUUCUCUCUCUCUAAUAUAUGUACGU